GGAGCGCCGCCUGGCCCCGGAGAGCCGAGCGCAGCCCGGGGAGGCGGGCCGAGUCUGCCUGGCCGCUUCGAGGCAGCCGCGGGCGACGGCCGGCAGGAAUGAGGGGAGAAUCCUUUUUCUUUGCCAUGAGAGGGCCUGGUCGCUGGAACUGUUUGCCAGGAGAUGUGGGACUUUUCUUCCUGUACUCUGUAGACCAAGAGAGGGAUGCCCAGCAGUGGUUUGUAGAAGAUUUCCGUGCAAUAACUGAUUUCAACGACCUCCCCAGUUCCCUCUUCGCUUGCAACGUCCACCAGUCUGUGUUUGAAAACGAGGACAGUAAGGAAAAAUUCGAGGGCUUAUUCCGUGCUUAUGACGACUGUGUGACAUUUCAGCUCUUUAAGAGUUUUCGGCGGGUACGGAUAAACUUCAGUAAUCCGAAAUCAGCUGCUCGGGCCAGAAUAGAACUUCAUGAAACACAGUUUCGGGGGAAGAAGUUAAAACUGUACUUUGCACAGGUCCAGACCUCUGAAACCGAUGGAGACAAGCAGCAUUUGGCUCCCCCCCAGCCAGCAAAGCAGUUUCUCAUCUCCCCUCCCACCUCCCCUCCCGCCGGCUGGCAGCCAGUCAGUGACGCAAUGCCCGUCAUCAACUACGACCUGCUUUGCACCGUUUCGAAACUGGGGCCAGGUGAGAAAUACGAAUUACAUGCAGGUACUGAGUCCACUCCAAGUGUCGUGGUGCACGUCUGUGACAGUGACGCGGAGGAAGAUCCAAAGAAUUCACCCAAACCAAAAAUUAUUCAAACUCGACGUCCAGGCCUGCCUCCUCCCAUGUCUAACUAAUUGUGUCCUACAAGAGUAUCUCUUCGUUCCUCCUCCUCUGUCCUGUUUCUUUUUCCAUUGGCUUUGUUUCUUUCUUAAAGGAGUCAUGGUUGCCUUAGGAGUCAUGGUUUAUUUGAGCUUGGUGGAGUGUUCUCUUCCACUGCAAUGAAGUCUAACUAGCCAGAGGGUUAAGAAAAUGAUCUUUGGGAUCAUAACACUAUGCACAGUGGUUGAUGUGUCUGAGAUUAGGCAAGAGUGGGGAGAGAAUUAGGCUGUUUUUUUUUGCAGCACGCUGUGUCGAGAAACUUUGAUGUGUCCUUCAGUAGACAGCGGCCGUGAUGCCGUGUAGCUGCCUAGAUUAGCAGAGCGGCCCCCCGGGACUUGUCUCCUCAUGCAGGAUCUCCUAUUCCCAUUGAACUCAAGAUCCCUGCUUAGCCACACUUGGUAUGUGAUGUCUCAUGGGGCAGCAGGUUGGAACCUGUGGAUGUGUUAGACUGACGCCAGUACUUCCCCCCGGUGCAUGUGUGAAGCUGCCCUAUACCGAAUCAGACCCUUGUUCGGUCACGGUCAAACUGGCAGCAGCUCUCCAAGGCAGAGGUCUUUGAUGUCACUAUCUUGUCUUUUUAACUGGAGGUGCGUGCCAGAUGCUUUACCUAUGAGCCAUGGCCCCUCCCAAAAGAGAAGGCUACAGGA